AUGGCCGGUCAAUCUCUCAAGGACAAGGCUCAGGCCAACCCCACCCAACUCGGCGACCACGUCUCGCUCAAGGCAGAGACCUCCAACAGCCACCCUACACCUGACGACACUGGUGCCAAGAAAGUGCACAAGUCACUUAAGCAAGUCGCUCAAGAGACCAACCCUUCACAGCUUGGAGACCCGAUCAGCCUGAAGGCCGAAACCUCAGACACCGAGCCGACGCCUGAUGACCGCGGCGCUCGUGGCUCAAGCAAGAAGUCGAAGUUGUAA